CGUUCGGACCCUAAUUGCUACAUGUGGGCCCACUCUUUUCAAGGGAUUACUUUUUGUAGACGUAGGCAGACAUCCACAUAGACAUCUAUUAGAUGAAGUCUUCGAGGAAAUGAUAAAUGGAUUAUAACUUUGUACACGCGAUCUCUCGGUAUGGCGAGUGGAAACUCAGUUUCAAAACUGAAUGUUACUUUGGCAUCAGAUGUUGAUGGCUGGAACAAAACUGUCAAUGGACAGUUAGUAAUUGAAUUGGGAAGAAAUGACAGACUCUGUGUGACUGGUUUUGUGCCAAAGAACACACAACAACAGCGAGAACAUGCCAGAAGUCUAAACAUUCAACUUGUUGAAUCUAAGGACCAUGAUGGAUUUUCAUCUGCAGAGCUACUGUGUUUUCCUCCUGAUAAUCUUAAUAUUGAUGUUCUGUUCAUACAUUCUCAUGGAACUAAUUUGGGUCGACAAGCUCAAGCCAUAAAAGAUUUGAAGAAAUGCAAAUGGGUUCAGGUUGUGCAUUCGUUUCAUGAAGAAUGUCAUACAGCUAGGUAUGGAAAUGAAAAUGAACUGCAAAGGAAAAUGUGUGAAAAGGCUGAUGCUGUUAUUGCAAUUGGUUCAAAGACUGCAGAAUCAUGUAGACGAGCACUGCGUUAUUCCUUAAAACAGGAAAAUGUCAUCAACCUCACACCAGGUGUUUGUGAAGACCUUAUUGGUGUGCGCCGGGUUUAUGAGGAUUUGGCAACCUUCCAUGUGCUAAUAAGUGGAUCUUUGAGUCAUUUUAGCAUCAAAGGAUGUGAUGUUGCAGCAAAAGCAAUCAAAUUAUUGAAUACACCAUCUUAUCAUCUGACUGUUGUUGUGAAGUCACAUGAUGAGACUGCUGGCAUCACAGAGGCUUUGCUUAAUGAGGGGAUCAAUUCACAACAACUGGAUGUAUGUGUUGCUGGAAGCCGUGAAGAGUGGCGAAAAUUGAUGUGUAAAGUGGAUCUUGCCAUUAAACCUUCAAGAAAUGAAGGAUUUGGAAUGAGUGGUCUUCUUGCCAUUUCUGCAGACUUACCUGUGCUGAUCAGUGAACACUGUGGACUUGGCAUGGUUCUGAAGACUGUGUUAUUUGGAAAUUCACACGUGGUGGACUCAGUCAAACCAGAGGUUUGGGCUGACAGGAUACAGCAAGUCAGAGAUAAAGACCCAGAACUUCGCCGCGAAGAAGCAAAGCAACUGAGGGAUGGUUACACACAGAAGUUCAACUGGAAGAAUCAAUGUGAGAAAGUAGUGGAGACUCUGUGUAAACUUGGCCAAAAGAUUGAGGGACCUACAGAAAAGCAGGACCAAGAGGAGGCAGUAAUGAAACUUACUAAAACAGUUGAAAAGACCAACUUAUCUGAUGAAAGCUCUACCAGAGAGGAAAAAGACACUAAGAUGAAACAGGAUGUGGUAGAUGCUGGAAGAAGCCUGGCAAAUGAACGGCUGUCAAUGAGUGUCAAAAACUUACCUCUACCAGUAUAUUCGAGAGUCUGUUUGUCACUGAAUGUCCUGAGAGAUGUGCGAUGGGAUGACUUUCGAAUGCUGGGUGAGAAAGUUGGGCUCUCUAGAGAUGAGAUUGACUUUAUACAACAGCAGAGAAACCCCACUGAUGAAAUUCUGAAAACAUGGUCAUCAAAUCCCCAUGAGGCAACAGUGGCAAAAUUGAUUGAACUUUUGAAACACAAAGAUUUUAGAAGAAUGGAUGUGGCACAAAUACUUGAAGAAUGGGUUUCUUCACAAGAGAGAUGAAUGAUAAGUACAAUAAUUAAUAGUUAGCAUUUUUAGAAAUUCUUUCACUGUAGAAAUGCUCUAAAUUCACAAUAACAGCAUUUAUGAGUUGUUACUUCAAAGGGACUUAAAGCUUUUAGAUGGACAUUUUUUUGUUUAUUUUGUUUUUAUCUUCCUUAAUCUUUAAUUAAGAUGUUCUUAUAAUGGCUGACUGUUAAUAAAGUACAACAUAUUGGCACCUUAGUUUUGUUAAGCUUGUGGCUAUGUCAUGUCCCUUACGCAUUUAAAACCAAAUAAAAUUUAUAAAUAGUUGUAUUAAUAUAAUAUGAAGCAAUUUUUUAGUUGUUUUGUUGGAUUUCUAGGGAAAAAUGUUACCCAACAUUUUAGCAAACAAGUGAGGUGAUAAAAUUCCCUACUGUCAGAGAAUCAACGAUUUUUUCUUUUCCUUUUGGUUCACAUUAAACUUCAAUGUUUGACUGGGAAUGUCAAUGAAUCAGAUGUGGAACUUUCCAUGUUUCAUACAUAAAGGCAAUGCAAACAUUAUUUGUCAUGGUGUUUUAAAGGAAACAAUAAUUUUUAUUGCAUUAUAAAUUAUGUAUCUUAUGAGUUUGGUACUGAUGGACCAAACUCGUUUUAAAUGUUUUUAACAUUUCAAGGACAUUUUGCCCUUAUUUAACCCAAGCUUUUCUUAUACUAUUAAUUGAAGCUGUAGCAAUAAAAAAUAUCAGUCAAAAAGUUGUGACAAAAUUCUAUGUUUACUCCAGGAGAACAUAAUUGGCAACACAGAAUGCUUUGUUUAUUAUGGUCACUAAUUUUGACAGUAAAAUGUAUCAUUAUGCUCUGUAAUUUAGUAUUAUCAAGUGAGUUGAUAAUGUAAAUUGGCCACUCUUAAGAGUUUAAAAGCUGAUGUUUCAAGUGUUAACCCUUUGUUGGAGCAAUUGGAGGAAUUGUGGAUUGUGUAUGUUUAUGAGCAAAAAGUGGAGCUGCGCUAUUGGUGGGAAUACAGUGACAACAAAACUAUGUAUCAUUAUACUCUAAUCACUCUGAAACGUGUACAAAAUAUUUUGUAAUAAAUAUUCAGUAAACACAUA